UUAUUGUCCCUCUGACUUAAGAGCGUAACAGUAGCCAAUGUCAACCUGUUCUCUCCUCUGUCCAUUCCUGCACAGACAUGUCUCAACAUCAGUGGUGUUCACAAGGUCACUUGCAUCCCAAUGUGCAAUCACCUCAGGAGGAAAAGUCAGUCGAUGUGAAUGUGGUUAUGUAAAACCGAGACCUGACAGUAGGGUAAGGUUUUAUGUCCCUGAAGCUUUUACAUAAUAGCAUCAAUCUAGUUUAAAUCAUUCUGAAAACUCAGUCACAGAGUGUUUAUCUGUGACCUAGUUUUGAGAAAACAAUCUCCAUCCUCAUUUUCUUCACAUCUACAACCAGUAAAACAAAUACUUGUCAUUGCAUAUCAUUGGUUCCUAUGUAGAAGUGACAGCUGUCUACAGACUACACCCCUCCACCCCACCCCCAAUUGCAGGGGCAUUCAUGUAUGGUGUCAUGGAUGGAGACGCGAGUCUGGGAUUAGCUCAUUAAGACAGACAUCUUUGAUCCGAAGUUAUCUCUCCCUUUUCCACAGCAACUUGAUCAUAUCCUGGCCUCUUAAACGCACGGACCCACACAAGGGCAAACACACACACAACGGGUCUUAAAGCCCCUAGAGAGCAGGGCCCAACAAAGAUGUGAAGUGUAGAUGUGCAGCAACAGCUAAACGUCGUGUCAGGUUUCUGGGGGCUCGUGCUAAAUUUAACCCUGUGAUCCUGCAGCAGGCAAAGGGGUUUAAAUGCCAGCCUACAGUUGCUCCACACCAGUUGUUCUCCACACGUCUUCCACUCAUCACAAACUUAGAGCUGUGGAUGAAGAGAGGCACACAAACGUACACUCAGACACUCACACUCCAAGCACAGGACUGAAGACAACAUACAGUAGCACAAGUUCCACGGGAGGCCGGAAUUUUUUGUCCCUUUUUAAGAUCACUUGUUGUCCAGGAUGGAGCUUUUUGAGACCAACCCUUACUUCUUCCCUGACCAGCGCUUCUACGAGGGAGGGGACAGCUACUUCCCCUCUCGCCUGCCUGGGGGGUACGACCAAGGUGCCUACCAGGAUAGAAACUCCAUGAUGGGCCUGUGUGGGGGUCUGUCUGGGGGCGUUGGAGUCGGGAUGACAGGGACAGAGGACAAAGUGUCUCCGUCCAGCAUGUCGCCUCACUCCGAGCCUCACUGCCCGGGUCAGUGCCUGCCCUGGGCCUGCAAGCUGUGCAAAAGGAAGACGGUGACCAUGGACCGCCGGCGAGCGGCCACUCUUCGGGAGAAGAGGCGUCUGAAGAAGGUGAACGAGGCUUUCGAUGCCCUGAAGAGAAGCACCUUGAUGAACCCAAACCAGAGGCUGCCUAAGGUGGAGAUCUUGAGGAGCGCCAUCCAGUAUAUCGAGAGGCUGCAAGCCCUCGUGUCCUCCCUCAACCAGCAGGACAAUGAGACAGGACAACAAGGACUGCACUACAGACCCAGUGGGGCCCAGCCCAGAGUGUCGUCGUCAAGUGAACCCAGUUCAGGCAGCACCUGCUGCAGCAGCCCCGAGUGGAGCAGCACUCCGGAGCAGUGCACACAGAGCUACGGCAGCGAGGAUCUCCUGAGUGCUGCAGACUCUCCAGAGCACGGGAACAUGCAGGCUCUGAGCUCCAUUGUAGACAGCAUCUCUGCAGCAGACGGAGCUGUGGCUUUUCCUAUGGACAUUCCCAAAUAGACCCUCCACUCAGCAGACCCAUGGGUGCAGAAAAUAGGAAAAUGACUUAUUGGCAAAGCAGGCUGAAGAACAGUCCAAAAUUCCAAUUUAAUUUAUUUAUUUCCAACUCUACUGGUCUGUCUUAUGCUCAAAUUUAACAGUAGGGAUUAAUUUAAAUUGUCACUCUGUUGAAAAUGGGUCUGCUAGCUAAACUGAAUUCCUCCGUUUCACAGUGAGGCCUUAUUCCCUUUAUUCCUUGCCUUAUCCCACGGUCCAGACCAGUCUGUCACAGCCACAGGAGCUUAGUCUAACCAAAGAUUAAAAGACUUUGCUGCAUAAACCUAAAACCUAGUUCCUAAAGGGGACCUCUGUAAGUCUGUUCUCGAGGCUGAUUGAACCACAGAGGAGUGUUUAGGUCAAUCUUUCUCUUUUCUUAAUUUAAGUUUUUCCUCCUUUUUAAACCUUCCCUGAUCUUUCAUUCUUUUUGUGUGUGUUUUUAAUGCUUAAAAAACAUGAGUUUAUUUGUGGGGCCAAUAUGUACCAUGGCGGUUUUGACCAAGAUCUGCUUAAUUUAAACAUGUUAUGAAUGCUAUUGAUGUAAAUACGUUCCCUUUUUCUACAGAGUGGUUUUUCCAUUUUAUUUUUUAUUUUUUGCUAACUUAUUUUUGACUUUUAUAACUACGAUUGUUGUGUAUUUGUAGAUGUUUCAGAAAUUGAAAUUUUCUCUCCAAUUCUUGCAAUAAAGACCAUUUUCAAUACAUUUUUUUGUCAGCGUCCCUGACUACCAAUACUUCAAUCUCC